CGUCUCAAAUCCGGAAUGGAAAGAAGUCCAGUGGGUCAUUUUGGCAAGAGUCUGGAGAUGGGAUGCAUAAAGGGUGAUCAGAGGAGUCAAAUUGUUGGGAUCCAUGACCACUGCACUUUCAUCUGUUCCAGGGGCCUUCAUUGAUGGAAUCCAUUGGUAUUCUGGGCCAGUCAUGGAUCCAAUUCCUCUCUGUUCUUUGAGAUGUACAUUGGAAGCUUCUGAAAUUUUAAUGAAGACACCAGAUCCGAGAAAGAGGCAGCCAGUGACAGGUGUGAAUUUGCAGGGCGCACAAGCAUCUGCCUGAGCUCCUGGUUCCCUGCAGAGUCUCCGAAGCAGCUGGGCACGGAGGCCCAAUGGCAACCGGAACCUGACCCGCUUAGACUUGGAAGAGAAUCCAAAGUGGUGACUGUAAGACGUCAGGCUUCCAAACUGCCGGGAUCUCAGGGGCUUACGUACUGUGUGACCCUCUAGCUCCUGGAAGAAGAACCUGAGAGUGAGCGGGGCUGUUGCCAGGAUGACUCAGGGAUUCUGGAAGGUCUACAAGGCCAAAGUUUUACAGACCCUUGGCGGAGAGCUGCCGGAAGAGGAACUCCAGGAUGAGAGAGAUAACCCUGAACUGAUGGAAACCACAGACUCAACCCUGCUGACAGAGGAGGGGUCAAAUCCUGUUUCUCAGCUGGCACGGCGGGUCCAGGGAGUUGGAGUCAAAGGCUGGAGAAGUGUCUCAUCUUUGUUCAGCCGGGAAGAUGAACAUAAGUUGCUGGCUCCUGAGCCUUGUCCCGACCACCCACUGGCAGCCAGGCCAGAAGAGGACUCCCCUUCUGAAAAGAAGACAUCUGGCCUUUGGGAUGUCUUUGCCACAAAGUGGCAGCAAACCUCAGCUCUGGAAAAGGCAGCUUCGAAGGCUGAGAGUGGAGACCAGAUGUCUGAGGGCAUUGUGGCAUCUGGAGAAACGGCAGUUGAGGAAGCCAGCUGCACCAGCCUGGACAACGACCUCCGAGAAGCUGAAGGGGUGGCCUUCAAGUGGAGCUUCCUGACCAGCAAGCUGGCCGAGAUAAAGAACAAAAGUGCCUCUAAGAGCAACUAGGAAUGAACGUGAAAGAAAUGGACUUUCUGACAUAAGACAACCUAUUUCCAUGCAGGGCAAGCGUUUUUAGCCUCCCCGCACCCCUGCUUCUCCAGGAUUUUUUGGCAGAACAGUCAGAGAUGAUGUGAAAGUCCCAGGGCCAGAGCUCAGCGUUAUUUAACCCUCAAAACAUUAGGAUGCCCCAAAUGUGUGUGUCUCGUGUAUCAAACCAUAUCCAUUCCAUCUCUCCCCUUCUCUGAACAUUGUUUUCUUGAGAUAAAAAAAUAGACAGGUUGAAGCUUCUGCCAGAGGUUUUAUGCCCAGCAAGGA